GCCCGCAGACCGAGCGAUCAUGUCACACAAACAAAUUUACUAUUCGGACAAAUACGACGAUGAGGAGUUCGAGUACCGGCAUGUCUUGUUGCCCAAGGACAUAGUCAAAUUGGUCCCUAAAACUCAUUUGAUGUCUGAGUCUGAAUGGAGGAACCUCGGCGUUCAGCAGAGUCAGGGAUGGGUUCAUUAUAUGAUCCAUGAACCAGAACCUCCCAUCUUGCUGUUGCGGCCACUACCCAAGAAGCCAAAGAAAUGA